UUCAUUUAUUUUCUGAGGACUGCGCUCUUUAUACGACUCAAACUGUUUGAAGUAUACGUGAUAAUAAACCUGAACUCGAGGAUCAUUAGAACGAAAUAGGACCUCCGAAAAAGGAUUGGAACGAGAAUUCAUCAAAAAUGGCUAUGAAAUCCUAUAGUCAACCUGACUUCUCCAUCGUAUUCUUUGAUCUCGAAGCGACUGGGCUAAGUGUCACCGAUGAGAUAACUCAGAUUGCCGCAAAAUGUGGCGACGCGUCCCACAAUCAAUACGUCAUACCCGAACAGCCAAUUCCCAAAGCAAUAACAAAUAUGACUGGAAUAUCGAUGAUCAAUAAGCAGAUGUAUUACAACGGAAAUCCAGUGGAUGGAGUGUCUCCAGCUAUUGCUGUAUCGGCGUUCAUCAGUUUUCUGGAGUCAGUUGGUGGCAAGGUCGUUCUGAUUUCCCACAAUUGCUUCAAUUCCGAUGGACCGACAUUGGCUGGAUUAGUUGAUCAACUGGACAUGCUUCAGAGAUUCAAGCGGAUUGUCAUUGGAUUCUCUGACUCUCUACCACUCAUGAGGAAGAGUCUGCCCAAUGAACGCCCCACGGGUAAGGGCUACAAAUUGAGUGAACUCGCAAAGGAAUUUUUCGGAAGCUCUAAGGGGGCUCAUAACGCUCUUGAAGACGUCAUUAUGCUGGAGAAAUUGAUCUGUCAUCCACAGAUCAACAUCUCAGCUGACGACAUCAUUAAUUCUCGACAGAUUGUUGGCGCUAUGAUUCACAAGUACAAGAAUCGUUUGAACUCGUACAACCAGAGCUUGAGAUAUGAUGAUGAUUUUUAUUAUAUUGUUGGUUUUGAUUAAUAUGGUAUUACUCCGAUUGGUCAUCAUUUGAGUUGACAAUAUGGUAUAAUCUAGAUACUGUUAACCUGUCACGGACGGGGCCCUUAUGUUACGAGGCGUAGUGUGUGCUCAAUACGACUCGAAUUCCAUUAUUUCUAUCUAAUAUGUAUCUAAUUGAAGCUACAGUACUCCGAUUUUCAA